AUGUCGAAUCUCGGGCAGCAGAGACUAACGGCAUCUCACAAGGGAAUUGGGGGCGAGGCAUGGUCUCUCAAACCUCAGCGUUCACGAUCUGGUAGAGGAGUUUGCCAGACAUGUCUCGAGCCAGGUUCAAGAAAAGAAGAUUCAAGACCAAAACCCCAACUCAAACAUCAGCACUUUGGCAAUGAAGUCGAGACUGAGGAUCCUCGUGACACGCUAACGCUGACACUGUCUGAGACGGCGCAACCACGGUCUUCGUCCGUCGUGUCUAAUACGUCUACGGCAUUGAUGGCCGACAAAUAA